AUGACCGACCCCUUAGACCUCAUCAUCUGCACCGCCUGCGGCAUCCAAUACCCCACCUCGACGGCGCCCUCUUCAUGUAAAAUCUGCGACGAUUCACGCCAAUACAUCCCACCGACUGGUCAAAACUGGACAACCCUCCGCGCCCUUCAAUCCGACAAAGAAAAGAAAUACACCAACACAUUCACCCCCUCCUCCAAGCACCCCACCACCCUCAUCUCCAUUCAAACAACGCCCAAACUCGCCAUCGGCCAACGCGCACUCCUCUGUCGUUUGCCCUCGGGAAGGAACAUCCUCUGGGACUGUCUAACCUACAUAGAUGAAGAGACUGUGGACAGGAUAAACGAGCUAGGUGGUCUCGAUGCGAUCAUCAUCUCGCAUCCGCAUUAUUUUAGUACGCAUUUGGUUUGGGCGGAGACUUUUGGGUGUCAGGUGUAUAUGUCGGGGGAGGAUAAGGAGUGGGCGGUUCGGAGGUGGAAGGGGCAGGUAUUUUGGGAGGGAGGGGUUUUGGAAUUGGGUUUGGGUUUGUCUUUAGGGUCUUCUUCGAUUCAAUCUGCGAGUGCUGGGAGUGCUGGGGAGAAAGCAGAGGAAGAUGGAGAGGCAGACAUCGUGGCGAUCAAAACCGGAGGCCAUUUCCCCGGAAGUUCGGUGCUAUGGUGGAAAUCGAAACGGUCGUUGAUGGUGGCGGAUACCAUCUUCGUGGUGCCGAGUGGAGUGUAUCAUGUUGAUCGCGAGCCAGGAACGACUUCGUUCUCGUUUAUGUGGUCGAUUCCGAAUAUGAUACCUCUUCCUCCGGAUGAAGUGCAUAAUAUCUGGAAGGCGAUUGCACAUACCGACUUCGACGAUACAUACGGGGCUUUUCCUGGGUCAGAAACAUAUGGCAACAGCAGGGAACGCGUGCUGGAAAGUGCCAAGAUCAUUGUCAAGGCCAUGGGAUAUCUGGAUCAUGCGAUUCAUCAGGAAGUGUGCUCAUGA